AUGCCGAGGCUCCUACCUCAAGGCGUGAAGCAGAAGGGCAUCGAUUUCGUUUUUGUUGGCAUUCUGAAGCUCCUUUCCGAACGUCAGCAUCGCUUCAUCACGGGCGAUCGGAAGCUGUCAAAGCGAUGGUGGGCACCCCUCGAAUGCCAAGAAUACAAGGAUGCGGUCACCAACAUCCUGGCCAGCAUCGAGUCGGGCGUGAUUCCUGCUAAGGAAGGGUCCGAGAUGAUCUGCAGGCGCAUCUCCGCCUUGAAGGACAAGGCUGUCAUGACCGACGCUGACUGGAAGGUUCUUGGCACCACCCGCCGCGAGCGCGUGGAGGACAAAAACAGCAUCAGGAACAGUGUGGGAAGGCCAUUGACCGAGCUAGAUUUCCGCAACCUUCCGGCAUCCAGUUGGGCUUUGAAUGCUUCCUGGGACAUCCAGAAGCACCACGUCUACAAGCCACUGCCCUGGCAAACCUUCCGAUGCAAGGAUUCGAUUGCAACUGCCGAGCUCAGCACGCUGGAGAAGCUGCUGGAAGCCUCGAGUAGGCGUCAGGUCUUGUGGAUGAUCGUCCAGAUUGCAGCCAUGCUCUCGGGCCCCCAGAUGACCAAAGUGCUGGAGGCAAGCAUCGCCACCCUCAGCGCCCGAUUUGAGGGAAUGGCGCGGACGGUCGGCAGACACUACCCUUACUUCAAUUCUGCGUUGACGAAGAAUGAGGUGUUGGAUGGAAGCAGCGACGUUCCCACACCUCUUCUGGAGCUGCUGUUGCUGGAUGACCAAACUCGGGAUGGCUUCGUGGACAAGAUCAUGAAGCGAGACGACUGCGAGCUCUUUGUGUUCUUUGGCACCAGCUUCGCGCGUCACCUCUGCAACUGCAGGCAGGAGUGGCUUCACAAGUGUAUGGCCAAGCUGAAAGCGCCGGGAGCAAGCACGGAGUUCUACCACUUCCGGAAGCGAGGUCUUGUGCUGAGCCAGAUUGCAAGGUAUGGGAAGGCCGAACCUGGCUGGCGCGACGUCAUCGCCAAGACGAACAAGAAGGGAGCUGUGCAGACGUACCUGUGGCACCCGAAGACCCAAUCAGAGUUCCUCGAGAAAGCGUUGUGGUCGACCGAGCCGGAAGAGCUCGCGCUCAUCCCACGCUUGGAGUUUGCAGACGGCGUGAGCAAAGUGAGCCAGCUAUUGAGCAUCUAUCCGAAGGAUCAGACGACGAAGGACACUGGCUCAGAUGCUUGGGGCUGGGAGGUGAUCCAAGCUGCAGGCGCCUAUAGCGAUCUCCAGAAGGAAGUGGAAAGACGUUUUGCAGAGCUGCCGGACCCCAGCUUCUGUGACAAGGUGGAUGACCCCGAGGUGGAGACGCUGCUCACCUCUUUGGGCAGAUCGGACAAUGCAGCCGCUGCCAUGAAAGUUCUGGGGCCCCACGCAGGCAAGGUCAAGCAAGCAAAGGAAGCAGUGACAAAGAUGAUCGCACAGCUGAGCCCGCCACAAGCCAGAGUGCUCAUCCGCCAAGUCAUGUUGCCGAAGAAGGCAGGAGUUGGCCUGCAAGUUGCCGGUCUCAAGAAGAUCGUGGACUUGCGAAUUCCUGACCCGCUGGAGCUGUACACGUUCGUGUGGAGGAAAGGGGAGUGUCAGCGAGAUGUGGCAGGCAACAUCCUGUCGAAGGUGGCCACAUCUGGCGAGCUCGGGCCUCACACUCCAGGCUUCUACUUCGACUACUUCGACAGAACGGACAAUCAAGAUGACCAAGCUUAUGUGGCGCAGAUCAUGCUGGAUCAGCUCAUUGAACAACCGGAGUGGGUGCUGCCCUACCUCCCCAAGGUGGUCUCAAAGCUUGCCAUGGUGCCAGGGGCGACCAACAAAUCGGUACAAGCGCUGAAAUCCUGCACCUCAAACGUCUCUGACGUCGUGGAGGCCCUCACGCAUGUGGUCCAGGCUUCUCGCCUGGCGGCCAGAACAGAUCCCAAGGUAAACAGGGAAGGAACCGAUGGGCGAGUGCUCGCUGACCUGAUCUCUUUGAUUUCCUUCGGCCAAUUCACGGAGACGGUGAACUCCGUCGCGCGAAUGUCUCUGGAGGAUUGUGAUCCUGCAACUCUGAAGACGUUCCUGCGGGAGGCCUUCCAGAGGUGGGAGGACGCCGUAGCCGGCAAAGACGCCAAUGCCAAAUCAUACCUCAGCUGCGCUUUAACUGCUUGGGUGAAGCUGCUGCGGCCGGGCCAGUACAACACCUGGGUGACUGAGCUAGCCGAGAUGGAGAAGCGCACCGGCGAGAAGGGCAACGUGGAGAGCUGGGGGCAGCUGGCGCAGGCCUUGGCGGGCCAUGCACCUGACAUGGGCCUGUCUCCCGAUGAAUGGGAUCAGAUGCUGCAGGUUCUGCGAGCAUUCUUCGUCAGAUUAAUCGAGGGCCCUCUCAGUGUCAAUGACGAGGUCCAGAAGGCAGACAAACCUGCAGACGACACAUUUAAGAAAGAGAAUGAUUUGCGCGCCAAAAUCCGAAAUGAGUUGCUUCUGACUCAUUGGAUGAAGUUGCUGUCACAUGGGUGCACUGAAGAUGAGUCCAACGAGCUUUUCAAGCGAUGCCCGGAAGGCGAGAAAGUGAAGCUGGCGAGCAACCUCGUCCAGGAGUGGCAUGCCAGGAACUCCGAAGAAGCCACGCGGGAGACCAAGGCUGCGGCAUUCCAGCAAGAGCGCCCGGAUGGAGGUUGGAAGCACACCGGUGGAAAGCCCGUCUCUCAAAUCACAGUCGGAUCUAUCGUCAGCGGCCACAUCACCAACUCCUCGAAAGAGUUCGGCGUGUACGUCAACUUCGGCUGCGAGAAAGACGGAAGGCUCAGUGUCCCCCAAGCCGACUGGAAGAAGUAUCGCGUCGGGGACCGGAUUGAGCGCAUGGUGGUGCACAAGGUCAAGGUAGAGCGGAAGUUUGUGGACCUCCUCGUCGUCGGCUCGAAGGGCCAAUCGGUGGGCCUGGCCGCUUCCAAGCAGGUGGCUGAGCGUGCCCUUCGGUGGAUCGCCUCCUCCGCGGAGAUCAGGAACCAUUUUCGCACCACCAUCCAGACUCUUUGGGCCAAGCUUGUCACUGCCGAUGCGGCAGACAAGUGGGAGGCGAGCCUGCAACUCUUGGGGGAAGCGCCUACUGCUAAGCAGAGUGUGGACCUCGUGAACCGCGUACUGGACCAGAAGCCAUCGACCGACCUGUUGCGGGCCGCCCUCACCUGGCUAAGCAAGAUCUCUGCGACCGACGCUGCCCGGCUGUGGCCCAAGCUCCUCCACAAUGAAGAGCAGUCGGUCAACUCAGAUGACGUCAAAGCUCUGCUGAGUUUGUGCGAGACACACGGCCUCGAGAUGCCAAAAUUCUCGCAGGCGAUUUGCAAGUCGAUGAAGCAUUUUGCCGUACAAGCGCUGUCAGACUCGAAGCUCCCGGAGGCCCGUUUGGCGGCCAUCCACGUUCUUCGGGAGCAGCACAAGAGCGGUGCCACUGCUCCACCUGCCGGCAUCAACGCGCUUUGCUAUGAUCCGGUCCAUGUUGUCCGGGCAGCUGCCAGAGAUCAGUGGGUGGCAUUGGGAGGCAAAGAUGAAGGAUGGAGGAAGAAGAAGACUGACGAAGAGAAAGAAGAUGAGGAGGACGAUCAGUGA